CCAUUUCAGUUUGAAUUUACCGAAAAUUCAGUCUGGCGUCAUCGUUUCAUUCAGUACUUAAUUUCGUGCAGCGAUGCACUCUAAAUAAACCCACAUUCCGAAUCCCCGUCCAGUGGAGUUCAUCUUGAAAACAAAAGUCAAGUUAUUUCGGUUGUUUCCCAGAUAGACAUGCUAAACAAAUAAAAGAUUUCCAUUGCUCUAACAGGAAGUUAUCAACGAAAAAAUAAACAAGCAUAUUCUGAAAACGAAAUUUUUAAUAAAACCGAGAUAAUGAAUACUCCGAGUGCCACUGCGGUGAAGGCCCAGAUCCUGGAGAUGACGGGCGAGCACGUGGACCAGUUACACGCGAUGUGGUCGCACUUGUUUGAGCCGAAGACCUGCGGCGAGUUUCUGCACAGGCUGAAAGACCAUGCGCACAGCUUUUUCACGGAUCUGCUAAACGAAUCCCGGGAGAAACAGCAAGCAAUCCUGGGUGAUAUAGCAGCCUUACGUGCAGAGGCUACCGACCUAACGCGGCUGCUUCACGAGUCGGUAGACAUAGGUGAACGUCCAGAUGAUAUGCCUUUGGUCAUCUGGCAAUUGAAGCUAGACAAGAGCAUUGAACAUUUGCGUGAGGAGCUGGCCGGGCGCCGGGCUGAGAUUUGCGAGCUUCUACUACAGCAGGAGCAGCUCUGCGAGGAGCUGGGCGAGCUGCCACAUCCACUGCUGGCUGAUCCCCUGCCUCUACCCGAGGAGAUGGACGCCUUUAGGGAUCGCCUCGAGCAGCUACGCGACCAGCGAGUGGUGCGCCUCAAGGAGAUGGACCAGCUGCGUCAGAGUAUCAAGCAUGAUAUGAAGUUGCUUGAAUGUCUGCCCCAGACGGACUCCGAGGAGCGUCUGCUCAAUCAGGUUGAUCACUGUCUCACACCGGAAGCCUUUGAACGCCUGCGCUACAUGCAAAAAUGCUUCGCCGACCAGGUGAAGGAGUUGCGAGAGCGUAUCGACGAAAUGCGCGAGAAGAUUCAUGUUCUGUGGGACCGAAUCCAAGAGACUGACGAAUAUGCAAUGCGUCGCGUGCGUGAAUCCACAUCCUAUACUCAGCGCACCUACGAUAUCCUGCGUGAAGAGCUGGAUCGCUGCCAGGCCCUACAACGACAGAACCUGAAGACCUUCAUCAAACAGCUACGCCUCGAGAUCAAGGAGUGGUGGGAUCUUACGCUGAAGAGCCCGCAGGAGCGCUUGCGUUUCUCAAACUACAACAAUGACUUUUACAAUGAGGACCUCCUGGAGUUACACGAACUAGAACUGGACGACCUUAAGACCUUCUACAACAAAAACAAGGAUAUAUUUGAUCUGUAUGAGAGCCGGGCAGAACUUUGGGCUCGCAUGGAAGCACUGGAGGCCAAGGCAAACGAGCCGAAUCGCUUUAACAACCGUGGUGGCCAAUUGCUCAAGGAGGAAAAAGAGCGGAAGGCCAUCACGUCCAAGUUGCCCAAGAUUGAGCAGCAGAUUACAGAACUAGUACAGGCAUACGAGGCCCAGGAGAACACUGCCUUCCUGGUGCACGGCCAGAACAUCUUAGACCUUAUGGCCGCAGACUGGGAGCGGCAUCGCCAGGCUAAACAGCAAAACUCGGCACGCAAAAAGGCACCGGCAUCGGCCAGCAAGUUUAUGCCACCACCCGCUCCGGGAUCGACAGCUCCGCGGACGCCACGAACUCUGCGCAAUAUGUCGACCUUCUCCACAUCCACUAUGUCGCUGCGCAAGACGCCCUCACAACAGUAUCUCCGUCCACUGAACGUCACGAAGAGUACGGGCAAUCUGCACAAGCGGCUUAAUCCUUCCAGCCUGCAGACAGGGCCCAGGACACCAAACGCUAAGCGCAGCUUAAUGAACACCCUGAACUCGAUGAAAGCGUCGCCAGCCCAGCGAUUGCUCACCGUCAAUCAUCAGCAGAACCAACUAAAGGCCACUAAGUCACCGUUGAAACGGGUUCGCGUUCUGGAUAACACACUGCGACGUAGCGGUGGAAUGGGCAGGCGCAGCAUUGGGACGCGGUCCAGCAAGAAGCCGCGUACGAAGUCCACUGAUCAGGACAUACCAAACGACACAGACUACACAACGGACGAAAAUGCCGAGAAUGGUGUGAGCUAUGACGAAUUUCAGCCGACCAGUCGCUCCUCAAUGCUGCCGCGUCAGCGACACCAAAUGGCCGUUACCAGAAAGCGUCAUCCGGAGGUGAAUGCCAAUCUGCCGGUUCCACGAGAAAGCCUAAUGGUGGUGCAGCCGCGAAAACAGUUCUAAAUGCACUUGAAAUUAACUUAACACGUACCUACUAUAAUAUUCAUUAACAGUUGGCGUUUCUUUAUGUAUUUCAUUUUAUUUUCUGUUUUACGUUUCUCAAAUAAAAAUUAAGUGUGCUUUGCUUGACCA